UGUAGAUGAUCCUCCCGGUCGUGAGGUGGCAGCAACGUUUCCAUGUGACAUAAGCGGUAUUCUUUCACAUUCGGAAGAAGCGGAUCUGAGUUUCCCAGAUUGUGCUUACCGGCUGUACUUGUGUUGAAGGUCGAGAACUCAAAAGGGAUUUCACGAUGUCUCUGGCCAAGCCUGUGAUGCGAGGACUUCUUGCAAAGCGGUUGAGGCUCCAUCUGCCAAUUGCUUUUGCUGUGGCUCUGACUAUAGCUGUAGGCGUUAAGUAUGGAAUCACAGAACCCAGGAAAUGGGCAUAUGCUGAAUUCUACAAGAACUAUGAUGCCAAUAAAGAGUUCAACAGCAUGAGGGAAGCUGGCAUUUUUGAGAGUGUCAGGCCCUCUGGCAAAUAAACUUCUGUCUGCCCUUGCUAGUCUGAGCCUCUGCCAGCUCUAUAAUGGUGUGAUGUUGAAGAUUUUGACAUUGUUUUCCCAAUAAAUCUAAUAAACAUUCUACUGUAAUGUA